AUGGAACACAACACACAAAAAAAUUCAUCAAAACAAACACGUGAGCCAAAAAACGAUCAACAUUUAACACAAAGUACCCACAAUAGAAACAGCAAUAACAUCACUCAGCUGUGUCCAGAAUCUUCUUCAUUCACUUCACACUCACGAGUGACAACAACAAGAGAUCACUGUCGCAAGAACAUCAAACCAGAAUUCUAUCAACCAACAAAAUCGAAUUUUCAAAUGGGAUACAAACAAAAGAAAUACAAAAACGGAGAGGAGUAUAAUGGAGAGUGGAAUAACAAUAAGAGACACGGAAUGGGUAUUCAUCAAUGGCCCGAUAACAGAAUUUAUGAAGGACAAUUUAAAGAUGAUUUAAUGCAUGGACAUGGAAAAUAUCAAUGGCCCGAUAAUAGACUCUAUGAAGGGUCAUUCGUUCAAGAUCACAUGACAGGUCGAGGCUAUUAUUUUCAAGAUAAACGAGAUCCACUGCUCGAAGAAAUCAGUGGAGAAUUUCUAAAUGGUGUCUUACAUGGACGAGGAGUUUGUUUUAAAAAGAUUGUCACUAAUAAUGUCACAACUGGAUUAAUCAUAACAGUAGGAUAUUGCUGGAAUAGAGGUACAUUACAUCAUGGAUUUGAAAUUAUUGUGGAUACCAAUAAUGCGGUUCAAUCGAUUAAGCAAUUCAGAUCUAAUUGCAAGUAUUCUUUUGAUCCGAGAGGAGGUGGUGGAGAUUAUUUUCAAGAAGAUUCUGGUGCAGAAGUGCUCCAUUCACCGAAUGUGUCGUCUUCAGUAGUACCAAAGCCAACAUCAGCUGCAUCCUCACAAGACAAAUUGAAUAACAGUAGCUCCAACUCAAUUCCUCUUCUCAAUUUGAUGAAUAUUAGUUCAAGUAGUUUCAAUACACAAGAUUCCAUUUCACCUCGAGGUGGUGGUGGUUGUGGUGGUGGAUUAACACCCUCAUCCAACCAUGCGUCCACUCCUACCAAUCAGGGAUCAAUGACACCUCGAACUCGAUCCUCACCUCGAACACCACGAGGUGGUAGUCAUCUCAUCAAACCUGCUGGAACAACUGAGAUUAAAAUUGAACAAAUUGAAUUCAUUGAUGCAAGUGAACUCGCUCAAGCCAAAGCAGAACUUUUGGAAAAACAAUCCAAUUUGGUACAAGCAUGGAAAGAAAAAUUGAAUAAUGUUCAAGAAAAGAUCAAAACACUCACGAAACAAAAAGUAAAUUUAGAGAGUAAGCUAGCAGAAGCAAAAGAAGAACUUGCCUUUUACCACAAUAAGGACAUUGAAACCGAACAAAGACUCUCUCAAUACAUUACACAACACAAGGAUUUAUUCGAGGAGUAUGAAAUGGCUACCAAUUCAAAAAUUCAAACACUCGAAACGAUUAUCAGUGAAUUGAAUACGAGACGAGAACGAGAUUUAACUCUCAAAAAUCAAGAGUUGGAACAUUUGAGGAAUAGUCUUCAUCAGAAAAUUGAAGCACUCGAAUUGGAAUGGAGAGACCGAUACAAUCGACUUGAAUCUCAGGUGGAAUUGUUGGAUGAUGACAAAAAGGUGAAGUCUGCCAUUACCACUAGUAAUACUAGUACUCAGACUGCUGCUACUACUACCACCACCACGAAUACUAUGAAUACUGCUACGAAUACGACUACUACCAAUACUGAUACUUGUACGAGCAAGAGAGAGGACAUCACAGACUCUUCUCACAACAACACAAAUCCCAACAACAACAACAACAACACAAAGGAUUCACCUCCACUCCUAUCCAACACAGAGUUCAAUCAACAAUUGAUUGAUUCCAUUGCACUCUCACCUCACAGACCCACCCGUCAUCGAAGAUCCAUCAGUAACAUUCAUCAUGCACAUUUACCAUCCUCACUACUCGAACAACAACAACAAUCAGUUGUUGCUACCUCCCAUCACUCAUCAGCAUGCUCGUCAUGCUCAUCCACACCAUCUUCCUCAUCAGCAUGCUCGACCACUACGAACUUUCAACAUGAUCCUCUUAAUACGUUAACGAGCAACACGACACCCAUUCAUAGCUCACCUCCAGCAGAUGACUUUGAUAUUGAAACCACUCUGAGAACGACCACAUACAAGACAGCCAAUAAUGUCAAUACUCCAACCUAUGAAACAGCUCAACAAAAAGAAGCCAAGAAUAUUGGAAGGCCUCGUUCCAAUUCACAAGACAAUUCGUCGGCAACCUCCUCAUUGGAUAUUGUGAGAGGAACGCUUACGGGUUCACAUUUAUUGUCGUCUUCGCCUUCUUCAAAUUCAUCAACCAGUCAAAGUCACGUAGGAGAUGACCACGAUGUCUGCUUAUUACAAGAUGCUUCUUCCAAUCAGAUUGUGGAUUGUCAAUCAUCGCCUUCAUCACUGAAAAACUCUUCUGAACGAAUUGUAUCCAUCGCAACUGAGAGCUCUGAAAAUUCAUUCACAAAUUCAUGUCAUGCUCAAUCACAACAGCAUGAACCACUCUCUCCUCUUCAAAAACACUCUUCUCUUUCAUCCAUUCCUUCGGGUAGUAAUCACCCUUCCACACAACAUGAAAAUUCUACAAAACUCAAAACAAAUCAGACAGAUAAGGACAGACCUCUGUCAAUGAAGGUCGGCAACAAUAAGAUAGUCACCAACCAAUCGAAUUGGAUUUCUGCAGAUAUUCUCUAUCAGAAAAUUCGAGAAAAUCUCAAAAAGACAUCAAACUUUUCCGAGUUGGGGAACUCAAGCAAGAAUGUAAAUAAGGAGCAAAUUGAUUAUCGACAAUUUCUGAAAAAGAAGCAUUAA